AAACUCACCUGAGCAGGUGAUGAGUUUAACAGGAAGUACACACUCAACUACGCACAACUACAAACGGGUUCUCCUGUUGGUUCUCCUGCCGCUUCUCCUCCCAGUGAGUGACCAUGUUGAGAAGAACAGGAACCUUGGGAGGACGUUGCAGGUUUGAGCUCGAGCAGUGUCAUCACUCCUUCUCCCCUCCCCCCUCCCCUCCUGAGCUCCCUAGACUCUAUUACCCAGCAGGCAGCAGGAGCAGGAAGUACCGGGCGGGGCAGGAGACGGGGCAGAUGAGCUUGGCUCAGAUCAACCACAUCUUAAAGGCCAACGAGUACAGCCACACCCUCCCUAGAGGCCCCGCCUCCCAUGGCGUCUUGGGUUUUCAUAGCAACAUGUUGCCAUCCAACCAUCCUGGCGAAGACCGCCGGAGCAGCGCCACCUGCCUGCCAGGUCGUGGCGGUGUGCUGUUUGGUGUGUUUGAUGGCCAUGCGGGGUCAGCCUGCGCUCACGCCGUCAGCCAGAGGCUCUUCUAUUACAUCGUCGUGGCAACGCUACCACUAAGGAUGCUGGAGGACCUCGAACGGGCGGUGGAGGAGGAACGGGCCGUACCACCACUGCUAGAGUGGCACAAACACCCCCAAGACCACAGCUGCCCUGACGGAGGAGCGAUCUCCUUCCACAGCCUCCGAAACUACUGGCAGGAGAGGCUGGAGGAUGAAGACGAGGACAAGGACGAAAAAGAGGAGCAGCAGGAGGACAGAGGCAGGGUGACAUCAGCACUGAUCAAUGCUUUCCGUCGCCUUGACUACGACCUGUCUGUGGAGGCCCAGGUACACCUGUCCAUUUCUUCACCCAGGUGGGUGUCUGUCCCUGGGGAAGCGUCCUCUCUGUCCUCCCCCCUCCGGGUUGCGCUGUCCGGCUGCACGGCUUGCAUCGCCCACGUCUCCAGGGGCGUCUUGCAUGUGGCCAACCUGGGUGACAGUCGGGCUGUCCUGGGCGUCCAGGAGCCGGGUGGACGCUGGUCGGCGGUCAGCCUCACCAAUGACCACAAUGCGCAGAAUCCGGAGGAGCUGCAAAGGAUUCUAGGAGAACACCCGCUGUCGGAGCGGAGGACGGUGGUGCGCCACGACCGCCUGCUGGGUCUGCUGCUGCCUUUCAGGGCAUUUGGUGACGUCCGCUUCAAAUGGAGCGCAGAGAUGCUGAGUCGGGUCUACGAGACGCGUCCAGACGUCCUGUCUGCAGUCAGCGAGGCCGUCCGGGCACUGCCAUUGCACUACCUGACCCCACCCUACCUGAGCGCCCAGCCAGAGGUCACCUUACACCGCAUCAGACCCGCCGACAAGUUCCUGGUCCUGGCGACCGACGGACUCUGGGAGCUGAUGCAUCGACAGACGGUUGUCCAGCUGGUGGGGGAACAACUGACAGGUCUUCAGCAGCAGAGACCCAUAAUUCCUGGUGUGGGCAUAACACUGGGCGGCUUGCAGCGCCUCCUGCUGGAGAGGAGAGGGCGGGUCCUGUCAGUGCUGGAGGACCAGAACGCUGCCACCCACCUGCUCCGCCACGCCCUGGGGGACGACGGCUACGGAGCAGUGGCACCAAAUCGUCUGGCCAAGAUGUUGAGCCUGCCAGCAGAGCUGGCAAGGAGGUACCGCGAUGAUAUCACCAUCACCGUCAUCCACCUGAACGAGCCCGACCUUUAAUCAGAACACCUAAGGGAAUUCACCUGCUGGUAACCAGGAGACAAACAGGAAGUCUGUUACAUGCUGGUCUGUCCUGUUGCUAAUUGUUCUGCUACAUAAUUUAUUGUGUUUAACCCUAACUCAGUAUGUCAACCAGUUGCUAACACUAGCCACUCAGCUAAUCUUUGCUGUUGGUUUUCUAAAGCUAACUGCUAAUGCUACGUAGCUAGUUUUCCAGUGUGGUAAUAAGAGAAACAAUAACAAGAGAUACAGCAAUUAUUUACCUGAACCAACUGUUUUUAUUGUUUUGGAAACGUUUCUGUUUGUUUCAUUAAAUCAGUUUUUAACUAGUCCAUACCCACUGAGUGCACAGUUGCCAACGUACAGUUUCACAUGGUGUGUGUUUGGGAUACAGGUCAUAGGAAAUUGCAGAUUAAACAGUCAACUGAACCCAUUAAGAAGAGCAAUGUAUUCAGACAGCAUGUUUGUGAAGUUGAUAGUACGAGUGCUUUAUUGAAAGUACAGUAGGGUGACCAUAUUUUGAUUUCCAAAAAAGAGGACACUCGCUCCGGCCACGACAUAGCCUACUUAAAUGAUACUCGCAGUUUACUCAAAGAUGCCUUAUAAUUUUAAUAUAUUUAAAGUUUAUAUGUAUGUUUAGAAAAUUCAGUUAUAUUACAAAAUAAUAUCUCUCAAAGGCAGAAAGCUGUUAUUAUGC